AUGGACAUAUAUAUGAUCACCGAUCGUGAUCCUGCCGAGAGAGACCGGCGAGUCGCUGGUCGUUUCACCAGCAAUGGCUCUGUCGCGUCUCAUUCCUCGCAGGUUUCCCAAGCUUCGCGCCCGUCUCCACCAAUGCUCAUCUCCAAUCGCAAAAUCCCCGAAAAAUACCCACCCUAUCAAGAAAACGGUCGCAUGUACCAUAGCUACCGCAAGGGCAUUUAUAUGCUCCCGUGCGAUGACGACGAACAGGAUCGUCUCGAUAUCUUCCACAAGCUUUUUACGGUCGCUCGAGUCUCCGAUGGCUUAAUCUAUGCACCGCACCCGCCUAAUUCACGGAUUUUGGAUCUAGGAUGCGGAACAGGAAUAUGGAGCAUGGAAGUCGCAAAUAAAUACCCGGACUCAUUCGUGGUCGGUGUCGACAUCGCACCAAUCCAGCCAGCCAAUUGCCCCAAGAACUGCGACUUCUACGCUCCCUUCGACUUUGAAAGCCCCUGGACUCUCGGAGAAGACUCCUGGGACCUUGUUCACAUGCAGAUGGGUAGCGGCAGCGUUGUCAGCUGGCCAAGUCUUUACAAACGCAUUUUCUCUCACCUUUGCCCCGGUGGUUGGUUUGAGCAAGUGGAGAUCGACUUUGAACCUCGCUGCGAUGACCGUUCGUUAACUGGGCUUGCUCUCCGCCAUUGGUAUUCCGCAUUGAAGAAUGCGACCGAGUCCCGUACCCGCCCUCUGGCUCACAGCUCACGCGAAACCAUCCGCAAUCUGCAAGACGCGGGAUUCACUGAAAUUGAUCAUCAGAUGGUGGGCCUUCCCCUGAACCCUUGGCACAACGAUGAGCACGAGCAAAAAGUGGCUCGCUGGUAUAACCUCGCAAUCUCGGAGAGCAUUGAGUCGCUGAGUCUGGCUCCUUUCAGCCGUGUAUACGGUUGGCCUGUCGACAAGAUCCAGCGCAUUGCAGCUGAUGUCAAAGCGGAAGCCUUCAACAAGGACCUUCACUGUUACAACAUCUUGCACAUCUAUCAAGCGCGUAAACCACUCGCGAAUUAA